AUGGCCUCCUCCAAGCUGGAGCAGCUUCCCGCCGAGCUGACUCUCCAUAUUCUCUGCUAUCUCGAUGAUGACGAUAUCGCGGCCGUCCAGAGCACAUCUCGGCAUCUGCGGCUCAUCUGCCGCGAUGACGGCCUCUGGCGCGCGCGCUGUUUUGGUGCGAGCCGUCUGGCGUCGACGUUGCGCCGCAAGAAGUGGCGCCACCCGGCGCACGCCCAGAAUGCGCAGUCCAGUAAGGCACGCCGUAUCGAGAUUCGGGCGGCAUGGAACGCCGUCUUCGACAACGGCGAGCCCGUGUCGUGGUACAACGAGCACAUCCAGCGGAGCACAAACAUUGCAACGGACUGGUUUGAGCUGCCACGGCGUCGCGAUGGCCACCGGCUGCUGGACAAUGCCGAUGUGCUCGAAGUGUGCGGCGUGGCACUGUUCAGACCACAGGACGCGGAAAAGAACGCCAAUGGCAGUGAACAGUUGGAAAAGGAGGGCGAUGAGGAGGGCGGUGCCAACGAUCGACUAGAAGGCAUACCGCCACUGCUGGCAGUGGCCCCGCUCGAGGACGGGUCGGUCUGCCUCUGGGACGUCAACGGCACAAUGAAACGGCGUGGUGCCAUUCUGAGCCAAAGCGUGCCGGGUCUUUUGUUUGCAGGGAUUCCGAAUCUGGAAAACGACAAGCCCAUAUUUAAUGUGACAGAAUGCGUGGCCGUGGACAGCCCGCGCUGCCUGGCAUACUUUGCCGUGCGGAAUCGUCUUGUCGUGGUCGAUUUGAAAGCACUAGUUGUUGUCAGUGUCAAGGUCUUCCCUCAGACCAUCACUGCACUGUCAUCGGCAGACACGUCUGUGCCGUUGAGCGUGGGGACACGGGCCGGAAUCCACCUCUACGACGUUCGCGUCCACACACAUGACGCUGCGGGCGAGUUCCGGCAUGUAGACGAUAUCAUCGACGAGUCAAAUACCGGGCCCUUUCCACAACCCGGCCCCUUGUCCAUUGUCCACGUCCCGGAACACGGCUCCGAAGGCACCAUCUCGAAGGACAUUUUUGCAGCGGGCCGCAUCUCCAGCAUCCUGCACUAUGACCGGCGAAACCUCUCCGUGGUCAAGAGCGCGAUCCACUCGGGCGCCAGCCUGUGUGGACUGGCCUCCCUAGCUUAUCCCUUUCCCUCCAUCAAGGAUUAUAGCUAUCUGAGGAAUAACAACAGCCAGGCCGCAGGGUCUGGUUUUGGAACCGGCGGGCGAACAGUCGUGGCCUGUGGCGAGUACAAGUCCAAGGGCUCUCUCGAACUGUAUCCGGUCGACGAGGGCCAGUCGCAGUCUGACAAGCAUAUGGUCAAUCGCCAGACGUCCUCCUCUGCUAAGAUUUUUUCGGUCGCGAGCCACGGUACACGCCUGGCUGUGUCCGACGGUGCUGGCUUUAUUCGGUGGUUCGAGCGAGACGGGUUUACGGAAGUCCGGCGGUAUGCGCUUGGGCAAGACGACUACGAGGAAGACGAGGGUGAAGUGGUCGAGAAGAACGAGACAGAAGUACCUCGAAUGCCGCCGCGCCGUGCUCACAAUACGACGGAAUCAGGCGAUAUUGCUCGCAAACUGCUGCCCGUGUAUAGGGUUGGCGGCUUCGGUGGCUGCAAGCGCGACAACAGCUUUAGGAACAAUGGGCUGCUGUUCUGGACGGGCGAGAAGCUCGGACUUACCAGCUUUACGCGUGGAAAGGGAACGCGGUCGGCGGACUUUGUCAAAGAUACAAAGACUGCGGCCGAGAGGGCGACCGAAGAAGCAGGGAAGGCGUACAGAGCAAAGAUGCGGCAGCUGUUCAAGUCUGCCCGCUACUUUGGUGAAGAUAGCGACUCCGACAACUAG